UUUUUUGACUGACUUUUCGUGUGUCGUUCUCUUCGUGAUUCGUGUUGAAUUUGGUGUAAUAAUCAAUAAUUUUACUGAUGGUAGUUCUACCGUUUUGAUACUUUACAGGCUAAAAGAGAUAAUUACUUUUUAAAUGUGAAAUAAAUGCAGUUGUUAAUAACCUUACCAACUUCGCAAAGUUUUGUCAAUAGGAUUCCAAAGUGAUUAAAGUUUGUUUUAUUGGGCUGUUCACAAUAUUGACCUACUUAAUUCGUACGUUUUGUGACCCAGAACACGCUAUCUAUCCGUGACAGGCCGAACAUAUUUGGUUGCAUUUCUUGUAAGUAAAAAUACAGCGCGAGCCUCAAAAUGUUACGUUCUACUUCUGGUAGCUGACAAUGGAUAGUGGAAAUCUUACAAAACACAACAUAAAGCAUGUUGACUAUGGAAAAGUGUUCAAAAAAUGCUCAAAUAUUCAAAGUCCUGAGAAGUUAACAUUCUCCGGAAACUUCUCUAAAGACCACAAAAUAUUUGACAUAAAUUCACCAGAGAGACGUGCGAGCAUGCGUAAAGACAUCAUGAAUACAGUUCUGAAGAGGACCGAGUCGGUGAUGGAGCACCUCGAUGAUCAGCCGGAGUUUGACGAUAACCCUAUGUAUGAGGACCCGAGAGAUGUUAUUGGUCAGAAACCAGCCAAGCCGCCUCGAAAGCGCAAUCUGCAAGGUAUUGCUGUUACCUCCCCCAGAUUGAGCAAAGAAGGGAAGUAUCUUCUGCGAGAACAGAAGAAGAAACUCACUAAGAAGUAUGAGAGCCUCAUCGUAACGCUGAUGGACAGGUGUGAGGAGAACGUUGUUAUGAUAUCAGAAAAGGACUCCGCUAUAUCAAAACUGAAAGAGAAGCUGAAAACUGUACUUGAAUACAACAAACUCUUUGCGGAAGAGAACGAUCAAUUAAAGACCCAGUACACCACAUUGGUCAACUACGUUGACGAGUGCAAGCAGGCUCUCAAAGAUGAAAGGGAAAAGAAUAAGGAGUUAGAAAGCAAUUGUAAAGAGUUGGAAGAGAAGGUGAAGCGGUUUGAAGUUCCUGAUAGAGACUUCCCUCAGCAGUCCGCAGCCAUCCCACUGGUUGAAGUUUGCAUGAGUUGCAGCAGCCGGCAGAUAGUGCUACAACAGGCGCGCGAGCAGAACCACAGGCUACAAGCGGACAUGCGCGCCAUGAAGGACGUGCUCUACAGAUUGAACGUGCAACUGUCGAGGUAUCAAGAGAAGAUUCGCAGCAACGUACAAAACAUGACGGAGGGCAAAGGAGACUUUAUUCACAAGCCAGGGGAGAAAUAUGAUAACCUGGACUCACUGAUCAACGCCAGUCUUGGUUUCAAAGAACCACAGGCAGAUGAUACAUACACCAAAAGCGCUGCCGAAGACCAAACCCACACUCGAUUGGUGGACCUCUCUGGACUGUUGAGUGCUCAAGCACUAGCUCCAUUAUUCGACGCCUACCAAGAAAACCUGCAGGAAAAGGACAGCCUGAUAAUAGACUACGAGAAACAAUUCGAGGCCAUAAACAAAAAGUCCAAACAGAUCGUAGAAGAAAACAAGACUUUGGCGGAAAAAGUGGGGGUAUUGGAAGAAGAGUUGGCGCAAGCGAGACAGGGAUACAAGAAGAUGGCGGUGGAGAGAGAGACGGCUGAUAUUGAGAAAGCUACGCUGGUGGAAAGGGCGGUGAAAGCUGAGAAUAAGUUGAAAGAGGUGUAUGAAAUGUAUGAAGAUAAGAUGUCAGCAAUGAUGCGCGACUACGAGACAGUCCAUCGCGAGUAUUUCACAGUUCGGAGCACGUUAGAAGCGACAGAAGGGAAGUUGCAGCAACUUGAUGUAUUAAGGGCGAGGACUGUACCCGCUGACUUGCAUGAGAGAAGAUUGGACCACUGCAAACGAUUGCUAGAAGAACUCAAGCACCAAUACUCGAUGGAAGCUGAACGCAAGACCGAACAAGUUACAAAACUACAAGAACAGUUGAAGAUAACUGAUGAGAAGUACAAUAAAAUCUGCCAAGAACACGAGGCUGUGAAGGAGGAACUCAAAACUGCACUAAAAAAUGUUAAACUGUACCGCAAAGCAGCCGUGAUAUUCCGGCAGCGCGUCAAGAUGGCGGCCGCGCGCGCGACCAAAGUGCGCAGGAGUGCACGCAACGCGCGCAGCGCUAACGAACCGCUGCGUCAAGCGUUGGAAGCGCUGGAAAAGAUUAAAAGGGAGAUCAAGGUAGUGAAAUCACGCGCAUACACAUCGCUAGAGGAGCUAGAGCGUCGAAUAGUCGAACAGGAGAGGCGCGCGGCCGACGCACAAGCGGAGUACAGGAGAGAGCUCGAGAGGGCUUCGCUUGCUUUGGAGCAUAAGGAGGGAAUCAUCAGGAGCUUGAUCGAUAAAGUUGCUGAUGUGGAAGAAGUCAGGUGAGGACUAUUCUUCUAAACAUAUGAGUAUAUUCGUAGUAGGAG